GGCUAGGCGUGGUGCAAGAGAAAGACCAUCCCCACGGAGACUUAGGGAAACAACUUUCAUUCAGUCUGACAUGCAACGGGAAGGCAGCAAACGACUUCAGAUGGACAAUUCAAAUGUGUGAGCUCUAAUCCUCUUCACUCCUCAAUCGAAUAUCACUUUUGAGCUAAAACCCAGAGAAGAGCGCAAAGAUGGAUAAAUUCCGUAUGAUGUUCCAGUUCCUUCAGUCCAACCAGGAAUCCUUCAUGAAUGGGAUCUGCGGUAUCAUGGCUCUGGCUAGCGCUCAGAUGUAUUCUGCGUUUGAGUUCAGCUGCCCUUGUAUUCCCGAGUAUAACUACAGCUACGGUAUUGGGCUGCUCAUCAUCCCUCCUGUAUGGUUCUUUCUAUUAGGUUUUGUAUUGAACAAUAACGUGUCCGUGCUGGCUGAGGAGUGGAGAAGGCCGACGGGAAAACGGAGGAAGGAUCCCUCCAUCCUUCGCUACAUGUUCUGUUCCAUCACGCAGAGAUCUUUGAUUGCACCUGCAGUGUGGGUGUCAGUCACUCUCAUGGAUGGGAAGAGCUUCCUCUGUGCUUUCAGCAUCAAUUUGGAUAUUGACAAGUUUGGGAAUUACAGUCUCAUCAAGGAGAUGCCCGAGACAGAGAAGAUAAAACUACUGGCGAAGAUUCCAUGUAAAGACUUGUUUGAGCAUCACGAAAUAAGAGCAGCGGCGUCACGGUACAUCAAAUGCAUAUCACAGGCUUGCGGCUGGAUAUUUUUACUCAUGAUAACCUUCACAGCCUUCCUGAUCCGUGCCGUACGGCCGUGCUUCACUCAGGCCGCUUUCCUCAAAACCAAAUACUGGUCUCACUACAUCGAUAUUGAGCGUAAGAUGUUUGAUGAAACUUGUAAGGAGCACGCCAAGAGCUUUGCCAAGGUUUGCAUUCAUCAGUACUUUGAGAACAUCAGCGGAGAGAUGCGUAGCUUGCAUCGCCAUCGCUCCAGCAAAUAUGACAGCGACCAUGACGAGGACGACAAGAGGAGGGACGACGAAGAGAAACUGCUGGGUAUAAGGGCCCAGGAUGACAUGAAUAAAGCUUUGUGGAACUGGCACACGUGCAAGCCCGCUCUUGCACUGAGAAAGGAGCAAAUAAAUAGCGAAAACAAAUGCAAAUUGAACGGGGAGGCCAAUGGCGCAUUAAAUGGGUUUGCAAACGGCCACACCCAUAACGUGGAGAAAAAAGAAUGGGCAGUGUACUACAGUAAAGUCUGACCGCAAAAGGGACAAUGGUUGAUGCAUGACCGCCUUGGGCUUGGGUACAUAUUUCAGUGAUUUUAACAUUCAAUGAACUGUUGUACUGAAUGCAAACAAUAUGCACUCACAGGACACUUUAUGCUAAAUGUUUAACUGGGGUGGCCAAGGUGAGACCAUUACUCAGGUAGGGGUGGCAAUAAGUUGAUACCUAAAUUGUCUACAUGGCGAUUGGGGUUACCGGAAAGUGACAAGGGGUGGCCACUGUCUUUUGGACCAGCUAUUAUGUGUCGUUCAUUGCAUAUUUUCUGGAUUCUGCUCACCAUCAUGGCGGCCCCCACGGAAGUGGAUGCUGAAUGGCACUCCUUGGACUUAGUUUACAUGUCCACUUCCAAUAUUAACAGAUUUAUGUGCUGUAUCACGCCUCAGAAUUUAAGUCAAAGGGGACACUUGACCGAAACUUGACCGAAACCGAUCAAUGUAAUUAUCGAAAAUGUAGCGACCAUGCAAGACUCGGUUUUAUUAACAGCCCUUCCACAAAAACCUUUCCUCCCACGGAAAGUUGUGUGCUGCAGUAAAAUGCGUCCAAGCGGAAAUGGCGGUUAGGCUGAACUAAUGUUCAUCAUGAAAGGACGCAAAAAAUCAUCAAAGCCCAUAUACAGUGGAACCUAGUGGCUAGUGCGUUAUUGUGUUGUGUACAAUUAUAGUUGUUAUUAGUAGUAUUAUUUUUGGGAGGGUUUUCCAAGACGAGACUUAAGACCAGGGGGGACCGAGCCUUUUCUGUGGUCGGCCCCAAACUAUGGAACUCUCUGCCCUCCCAAGUAAAAAAAGGCCCCCAAUAUUGAAAACUUUAAGUCUCGUCUUAAAACCCACUUUUAUUCUGUGGCUUUUAACUCAGAGUGAGUCGUAUGGUCCUGUGUCUUUUAGUUCUUCGUUUUUAUUGUAAUUGGUUCUAUUUUUUAUACUUUUAUUGCUUUGUUUCUUGUUUUUAAUAUUUUAAUAUCUAUUUUAUUAUUUUAUUUCUUAAAUUCUCUUUUAGUUUUGGAUUAUUACUUUUUAUUUUUACUCGUCUGUGCAGCACUUUGGAAACUCUGUUUAUAAAAUGUGCUAUAUAAAUAAAGUGGAUUGGAUUGGAU